AUGGCCUCCUCACGCCCCAAACGCGCUCCCGACCUUCCCUUCCCCGCCGACACCUCGUCGCCCGCCUCCAAAAAACCCCGCUUCGACCAGCGCAACCCGUCAACCCUCGCCGCCGACGCGCCCGACGAGGACGAAGCCGCCAUCCUCGAGCUCGACGAAAUCGGCAAAGGCGGCCAGCAAGUCAAACGCAACGCCGUGCGCCUCGACGGCUACGACUCGGACUCGUCGACCGAGAACUUUGAUGCGCGCGCCGAGGAGAAGGCGCGCGCCGAAAAGCGCGCUGACACUGCCGCACGCAGCAAGGACGAGGAGGAGGCUGACAUGUUUGCGGACCUGGACGAGGAUUUUCGCGACGGCGACGACGACCAGGAGCAGGCAAAGGAGGCGAAGCCGCGCAAGGGCGUGCGGUUCCUCGACGCGGAUGAAAUUGAGGGCCAGGUCGCGAGCAGCAAGUCCGGAGGGCACGUAUCAGCAGAACUACAAAUGGACGGGGGCAAAGGCAAGGGCAAGGGCAAGAGCAAAGCGACCGGCCCCGACGACGGCAACGACUCGGACAGCAACAGCAGCAGCAGCAGCGAAAGCGACGACGACUCAGCCGCGCGCGACCGCGUAGGCAGCGACGACGACGCCAGCGAGCUCGGCGCCGGAGCCAAGAAAAAACACGCCCCGCGCCUCGACGCCUUCAACAUGAAGCAGGAGGGCGAGGAGGGCCGCUUCGAUGAGAGCGGCAACUACAUCCGCAAGGCCGUCGACCCGGACGCCCAGCACGACGCGUGGCUCGACGGCGUGCGCAAGCGCGACAUGAAGCGCGCGCGCCAGGCCGAGCAGCAGCGCGAGGAGUCGCGGCGGGCCCGCGCCCUCGCCGACGACGCCCUCCUCACCGCCGAUAUCCUCGCUGCGCUGAUUACGCGCCUCGAGCGCGCCGAGACGCCGUUGGAGGCGCUGCAGCGCUUGGCGUCUGCGGCGCCGCCCAAGCCCAAGAAGGUCCCGAAGUGGAAGCAGAAGAAGAAGGGCGGGGCGGCAGGGACCGCAGAUACCGCAGGGACCGCAGGUACCGCGGCAGAAACAGCGCGCCUCGCAGCCGUCGAAGCGCUCACCAGCGCCGCAGACCAGCUGCUCACGCGCGGCCAAACCGACAUCUACGAGCUGGAGCGGGAGAGCCUAGUGCGGCAAUGGCAGCGCGAGACGGGCGACGCAUGGGUGGAGCCCAAGCCCUCCUCCUCGGACCCCUCUGGCAACACCUCCUCCUCCAACGCGGAUACUAGCGCGCAAGGCGACACUGCUGCUGCUUGGGAGUAUCGCUGGGCGGAUGGCCGCGAUGGCGCUGAGCGCCAUGGCCCGUUUGAUCGUGCGACUAUGCGGGCGUGGAGCGCGGCGGGCUAUUUUGGUGACGGCGUCGAGUUUCGCAGG